UUUUGCUUGCAAUCUGUAUUGUAAACAAAAAUAGUCCUCGCGAGCUAUUAAGUUGUAAAACAUUACUUUGUAGUUUUGUAUUUUAAUUGGAGUUUGGAAAAAUAUGACUUCUAGGAAGAAGCGUCUGCCAGACGCACAGGCAGAGCAGUGGGUUGUAAUUGCACCAGAUUCAGUUGUUGAAGCACCAAAAAAAGCUGAGACUGAGCCAGUGUUCAUCAGACUCCGAAACCCCAAAACAGAUGAGGCUUCCCUGUACCUCUUGAGUAACAACACUCAGCAGCUGUAUGAAGUGAAAGCUUUUAAGGAGGAAUAUCACUCUUGGUUUAUUGGUCAAACUGUACAACAUGAUGGAAGACUUUUGUUCAUAACACCAAUGGAUCCUCUAUUUCUUGUUCUGCCUUAUUUCUUGAAAGCUGGAAAAGAGGUACAUUUUACAGAGGGCAAGUUCCAGCCAGUGGACCAGGUAGUGGUGGAUGAGGACUUUCCCUGUUGCAGCAGAUUACUCAAGUGUCCCAAAACCCUUCAGGCACUCUGUCAUAUCACAGAGGAGAAAGAAAUUGGAGGUCAGAAGUUUAACAGAUACAGCAAAGAAAAGACUCUGGAAUGGUUAAAGAAAAAGGUUGAUAGGACAGUGAAAGCCCUGAAAAGCAGCAAUACUUGUGUUGGUGGAGCAGUGAAGUCCUCUACAUUUAUUAGAACCAAACACAAUUCAGAAGAAAAAGAAGAGGAUUACAUCCGUUAUGCUCAUGGCUUAAUAUCUGAGUAUAUUGCUGAAGACCUCAGCCUAGACCUUCACAAGUAUUUAGAGCUACCUGAGAUUUCAAGUCCAACAGAGGCAGAACCACCAUCAAAGAAAAGGAAAUUGUCGGAUAAGCCUGUGGAAGCAGGAGAGGACUAUACGAAAUUUAACAGCGGGGAUCUCAAAAAGCCUGCCAAAAAGAUGACUGCAGCACAGAAAGCUCUGGCUAAAGUGGACAAGACUGGCAUGAAAAGCCUCUCUGCAUUCUUCAGUCCCAAAGUGAAAACUGAAAAAAAAUAAUUGCAGCCUGUAUUUUAAGUUGAAUAAAGUAUUUUUUUUGUUGUGUUGUGUCCUGUUUGCAUUUUAGUAAAAUGUUUGAUAUGUGGGUCUCUUUAACAACUUGACUAAGUCUAUUUUUGGAAGGUACCACCUCCUGUACUAUAGUAAUCAAUCAAUCAAUCUUUAUUUUAUAUAGCGCCUGUGGACCACCAUCACAAAGCGCUUUA